CUCCUCUCUCUCUCCUCUUUACCUUGUACCUCCCUCCAACUCCACUCGGCAGAUAUCCUGGACCCCGGGCAUGCCUGUGGUGCCUUCCACCUAACUACCUGAAGACUAGGUAAGCUUUACAGCUCGUACCUCUUGGAGUUACGACGAAGGUGCUUUAAGAGAAAUAAGGCCCAGAAGGUGGGUCUCAGGCAACAAUGACGCCCAGUUGAACGCGACGACUCGCCACUCUUCGCAUGUCCAAAAGUGUACAGACCGUUUAACAAAGUUUAUACUCGUAAAAUAUUGUGCUAAUGUCAAUGCGUUGAUCUGAAUUGAUCAAUAAACCGUGUUCGUGAAUCUAGUUGUAGCGAUAUCCUCUGUCUCGAAUCCUUUAGUAUUUAAUACAGCUUAUUAGUAGCAUAUUUCUCAUUUGUUUUAAUUCUUAACCUUUGAUGUACAAAUCCUUGGAUAUAAAAUAAUCAUUUUGUAGUGUAAUGUGAUGUAAAUUUGAGUGUUUUUAACGUUAAAAAAUUUACGGUGAAAGAUGUGUGAGUGCAGUGACGAAUGCUCCGAGGACACGAAGACGCGGAAAUUCCGAGAUGUCUUAUCUCGUUAGACUUGCAAAAACAUUAGAUUAAAAAUCUAAGGGGAAGUCUUGGCGAGGAAAAUUCUGGACAAAAUUAAGACUCAAACACCUGAAAUGGCUACCCUCGGUCUCUCUAAAGUCUUCAUAUUGGACAAAUAUUUUACUGAGCUACAAAAAUUCUGGGAAACCGAGAAGAAGCUACAAGAUGCUUCCUCAUCGAACGAAGCGGUGCACCUACAGCAGCGUUUGCGGAGCCUCAGCACGGAACUGGUGACCCUGAGGAACCGGCUGCACGUAAGCCAACCAGCGAACGCAUCAGGGCCGACAGGAGGUACCAAUGGACCCCUAUCGAAGACCCCGGAAAAAGGUGGCAGCCCCGCUUCGCCUGCACCCGCCGUACCCCCAAGAACCACCCUACCACCCGGUGGCACAGUAUCUCAUGGAAUCGGUCAUUCUACAGGUCACACUUUGACAGCUUCCGUGAUUGUUCAUCCACAUGUCAAUCAUACUGGUGCGAACACGCUCAAUCAUAACUCAACCGCAUCGAAUAAUUUAAUAUCUGACUUAGAUUCUUCGAAACGUCACAACGGAGUACCUGAUGAUGGGAUAGUGUCCUGUGUGACGGCAUUAGGAUGCCUUCGGUCGCCGCCGAUUUCCAGCAUCAUUGCCGAUGUGAAAAACGCGAAAAGUAAUCAAAACCAGCAUCGAUGUCUCCCAAAAGCCUCAUCUUCGCCCGGCCCUGCGACUUCUACGGCCUUCGACGACCUCAUUCAUUUAUCUGGACCCCUUACAGAAGACGCAGUACUUAAAUGUCUUCAAGCUCGCUUCUGCGCUAAGCAGUAUCAUACAAACGUGGGUCCUAUAUUGGUUUGCGUAAAUCCUUAUACAGACGUUGGAAAUCCGUUAACCUUAACGAGCACCAGGUCAGUACCAUUAGCACCUCAGCUGAAUAAGGUCGUCCAGGAAGCCGUAAAACAGCAAUCGGAGGCCGGGUAUCCGCAGGCGAUUAUUCUUUCUGGAACAAGCGGCUCCGGAAAAACGUACGCUUCAAUGCUAUUACUUAGGCAACUCUUCGACGUCGCCGGCGGCGGACCGGAAACGGACGCUUUCAAACACCUAGCCGCUGCCUUCACGGUCCUCAGAUCCUUGGGCUCUGCGAAAACCGCCACAAACUCAGAGAGUUCAAGGAUAGGUCAUUUUAUCGAGGUUCAGGUGACGGAUGGUGCUUUAUACAGAACAAAAAUUCAUUGUUACUUUCUAGACCAGACAAGAGUAAUCAGACCGUUGUCAGAUGAAAAGAACUAUCAUAUAUUUUAUCAGAUGUUAGCUGGAUUGUCUCACGAUGAACGAGUUAAAUUAAAUUUGGAAGGAUAUAAUGUAAAAAAUUUGAGAUAUCUUCAACAUGGCGAUACGCGACAAGAUGAAGCUGAAGAUGCUGUUCGGUUUCAAGCAUGGAAAGCUUGUUUAGGCGUAUUAGGCAUUCCAUUUUUGGACGUCGUAAGAGUGCUAGCAGCGGUGCUCAUUCUAGGGAACGUCGGUUUCACAGAUGGUCCUGGUGUGGAAGUGGGUGUAAUUGGUGAGAACGAAUUAUCCUCCGUAGCUACACUCCUGGGAGUUCCUGCACAAGCCUUGUUACGAGGACUCACCUCGAGGACUCACAAUGCGCGCGGCCAGCUCGUUAAAUCCGUUUGUGAUGCCAACAUGUCCAACAUGACCAGAGAUUCGUUGGCAAAAGCGCUUUAUUGCCGCACUGUAGCUACGAUAGUAAGACGAGCCAACAGCUUGAAGAGACUUGGUUCGACUCUCGGCACUCUUUCGUCAGAUUCCAAUGAUUCCAAUUCUGUUCAUAAUCAAGCGGAUGUUACUAGCCAACAUGCUUCUACUAUUGGCAGUUCAGCAGGUGGAACUGGAUCCAGAAGCAUGACUGCCCUAAAUAACGCUGUACGACACGCCACAGACGGUUUCAUUGGCAUCCUGGACAUGUUCGGGUUUGAGGAUCCUAAGCCGAGCCAGCUAGAACACCUCUGCAUCAAUCUUUGCGCGGAGACGAUGCAGCACUUCUACAACACUCACAUAUUCAAGAGCUCCAUCGAGAGUUGCCGCGACGAAGGCAUCCGGUGCGACGUCGAAGUUGACUAUGUCGACAACGUGCCAUGCAUUGAUCUCAUUUCUUCCUUGCGUACCGGAUUGCUAAGUAUGUUAGAUGUAGAAGGGUCUAUACAUGGAACCGCGGAAAGUUAUGUCGCCAAAGUGAAGGUGCAACAUAAGCAAAAUCCUCGAUUAUUCGAACCAAGAACCGUCGACUGUAGAUCCUUCGGUAUUCAGCACUUUGCAGGAAGAGUCACUUACGACACCUCAGACUUCUUGGGUACAAAUAAGGAUGUUGUCCCUGAUGACUUGGUUGCGGUCUUCUACAAACAUACUUGCAGUUUCGGCUUUGCUACUCACUUAUUUGGUAGUGAGUUGAAAGCAUUAUACGCGAGCGAUACUGUGCCGAGAGGGGUCAGUUUUCGAAUAUCGCCAACUUCUUACACCGAUCUUUUGAAUGGAGACGAGCCAAUAUCGACGUUGACACAGGACUUUCAUACGAGGUUAGAUAAUCUCUUGAGGACCCUUGUCCAUGCUAGACCGCACUUCGUCAGAUGCAUCCGUAGCAAUAGCACCGAGACACCGAUACACCUCGACAGGGGAGUUACGAUGCGUCAGAUACGUUCGUUGCAGGUCCUGGAAACAGUAAACCUCAUGGCGGGAGGAUACCCGCACAGGAUGCGAUUUAAAGCCUUCAACGCGAGAUAUAGGUCGAUCGCACCAUUCAAACAACUGCGUCGCGCCGAGGAGCAGGCUGUUGAGGAUACUAAAUUGAUUUUACAAAAUGUGCAGCAGCUAAAGAGUAAAUUUGGCGCCAGUACUAGCUGGGCUGUCGGUAAGCGGCAUAUUUUUCUCAGCGAAGGUAUCAGGCAACAGCUCGAAAACUUGCGAGCGGAAACGCAGAGGAAAGCUGCAGUAGCAAUACAGGCUACGUGGAAAGGCUGGUGCGUACGAAAAAGAUGGCCUUUGAGAAGGACAACCCUAGGAGUAACAUCUGGCAUUGGUCAGAAGAAACCUCAACAACCACCUACCGGAACCAAUACCGGAACCAUUCAGAGAAAUGUCACUGCUGGUACAGGAACUGGAACUGGCACUCGUCCAAGACCACAGCCAAUCGCUGGCACACCUCCUCCCGAUCCUUCGGAAAAAUGCGCUGAUCAAAAGAUGAUCCAACAAACUUGCACACUUUUCGGAUUGGAUUUAGAACGGCCGCCACCUGUCCCUCCUAGUAGAUCCUAUACCGUGACCGGAAACACAAAACUUGGUUACCCGCAAACCAGGAUUAUGAAAAUGCCUUUCCCAGAAGACAGUGAAGGCGAAGUAAUUCUGUUGAAAGGAGAAACAGUUUUAGUCGUAGGUGCAUCGCACAGACGAGGCCAUCUUGUUGUAGAACACAAUAAUACUACAUUACAUGUGCCGUAUCAAUUUUUGGAAUUGAAACCUUGUAAUAUUAAUGUUUGAUGACAUUGAUGAUACUAUUUAUUUGAUUUCACUUUUUAAGAAAACACUAUUUAUAUUGUUUUUGCAUAUACAAUUUUGAAAAAUUUGUAUUGAAUUUCUUCAUAAAAACACUUGUAUGAAAAUAGAUACAAAAGUAGUAACAAAUAGAAAUUUUUUAUCUUAUACAUUUCUUAUAGAAAAUAAAAUUCUUAUAUUAUUCUUUUAUUAAUUCUCUAAAUUAAUUUGAUUUCGAGUAGAUUCUGCGUAAUAUAUACAAUUUGUGUGUGUGUGUGUGUGUGUGUGUGUCUUAUUUUGAUGAAAAUAAGAAUCGGAGCGCAAGUUGAAUGUAAGAAGAAAGUAACGGAAGUAUAAACGAAACUUUUAGAAAAUGUAAAUUGAAACGACGAAACGUAAUAGAGGCAUUUAUCUCUUAAAACAGUUCUUUUACGUUCCAUUGUUUCAAUUUACGCUUCUUACGAGGUUUGUUUAUGGUUUUGUAUGUAUACUUUUUUCUUAUAUUAGAUUUACGUAUUGAUUUUUAUUCACAAAGCUAAUCAAUCUACUUCUAAAUUAAAUAAACAAUAUAAAAAUCUUUGAAAGAUUGCCAGUAAUGGUUUGCAAUAAUUGAGACGGAAUUAACGACGACGCAACUGGCACAAUUUAUUAAAAUUCUAAAUAGUUACAACGUUUCGGCGUUCACUUUGGGCCCUUCUCAAGUAACAUUCAAACCACUAUAAAUUUGUGACUCGUGUCAGCAGAUUAUGAUUUAAAAUGCAAUUACAAUCAUUUACAAAAAUCUGUGGUAAGCGAAAUUUAUUUUUUAUUUUCUACGUGUACCAUAAAUAACGAAGCUCGCAGGCUCACGUGUUGUUACAGGAGAACAAAGGAACAAUUAAUAUCGCACUGAGUAAUGGAAAAAAAUUAAAUUGAAUAUAAUAAAGCACAUAAUGCGAAAAAACAUUGCACGUUUUUACUAAAAGACAGUAACUGUCAGACUAAUCAAAGCACUAAAUACAAAUAAGAAGAAGGGGCAGAUUACGUGUAAAAGCAAACAUUUAUGUAUAUUUAAUGACGCGGUUGUAAAUCGAAUUGGGUUAUUAAAUUUGAAUUGGAUUAAAUUUGAAUCAGGUUAAAUUUGAGAAAGGCAAAAUAAGGGCCGAAACGUUGUAACUAUUUGGAAUUUUAUUAAAUUGUGCCAGUUGCGUCGUCGUUAAUUUCGCCUCUAACAAGUAUAUUGCUUGUUGUUUAAAUUAUUUUAUUAUAAGUUUUGUUUUACGUAAAGAGUUUUCUUCUUCUCCAAAAAAAAAAAAAA